UGCUGAGUGCUGGGGAAGCACGGGGGGUUGGCGUCCUCGUGCAGCCUCGUGCACGCGGCGCGUGGGCUUUGUGGGAGGCCGCGGCCUCGGGGCUGUGCUGAGGCUGCCUCCCAUCUCCCCGCUCCCCGAGCCGCACAGAGCCAGGAUGAGGGUGGACGGGGCAGCGGUGUCCAGUGGGUGUCCGGUGCAGCCUGAGAUACUGCAUAGGGAAUGAAGCCGUACCCCAAACCUCGCUGUCCCUGUGCCUGUUGCGUGGAACCCGUGCCCCGCUGGGGCCGUGCAGGGCAGGAAAUGGCCCAGGGGACAAUGCUGAACGAACACCACUGGUCUGAGCUGCGGAUACUGCUGGUGGGCAAGACGGGGAGUGGGAAGAGUGCGACGGGGAACACCAUCCUUGGGAGGAAGGAAUUUCAUUCUGCGUUGUCAGCACAGUCAGUAACCAUAGACCCCUCAAAAAGACAAACCAGCUUUCGUGGAAGAUCAGUUGUUGUUAUUGACACUCCUGGCCUUUUUGAUACAAGGGAAGCCAAUGAGAAAACAGCUGAAAAGAUUAAGAAUGUCUUUCAGGAUCUCACUACAGGGGUCCAUGCCAUCAUCCUGGUGAUGCAGCUGGCCCGAAUCACUAAGGAAGAGGAGGAAGUGGCUGAGUGGGUGACCAAGAUUUUCCAUACUAAAGCAGAGAAAUACACGAUCCUGUUAUUCACCCGAGGAGAACAGCUGGAUCGUCCAGAAGAUCUGAAGAUUUUCUUAGAAGAUUGCCGAUUCCUCAUUGGGCUGGCAAGAAAGUGUGGAAAUCGGUACAUCGCCUUCAGCAACAUAGCUACUGGAGAGGCGAGGGAUCAGCAGGUUGUAAAUCUCAUCGACAUGAUUGAUGCCAUGGUAGAGAAGAAUUGUGAUGCUCCGCGUUACACGCGAGAAAUGCUGGAGGAAGACACCCGGACAUUCUUUGAAAAGUUUUGUACCAUCCUGUAGGCAGCCAGGGGUCGGUCCGGCAGGAGCCGUCUUCUCCGUCGUGCCGCUCCUGCUGUGUGUGCUCUGAAGAUGAUGCUCUCCUUCCUCGCUUGCAGUUCCCAUCCUUUCCCCUCCGUGCCCUGAGCUUUCCCCUGCCCCGUGUGGCUGCUUUCCCCGCGGGCUGCAUUUGUGCAACGCGUGUGCGCCGCUGCUGCUGCGCUCUGCUGCUCUCGGCACCGCUGCGCUGACGCUGUCCUCCCCGGCUCUGCAGACACGGCCGAGCUGAGACGGACGGGAACGUGGGGGCUGUGAGCCGUGCCCCUCGGGAGAGGGCUCGGCACGGAGCGGAGCCGCGGAGCCGGGAGCCGUUGGCCGUCCCGCUGAGAGCCGGGGCUGCAAGGAGCUGUGCGGGGCCGGGGGGCUCGUGGUGCCGCUGUCCAUCCCGCCGCAGUGGGACGCUGCUGGUGCCGUGGCUGCAGGGGCUCUGCCUUCAUGGGGCGAUGCGGGGCGUGCUGUGUGCGGGUAGGCCUGAAGGAGCUCUCAAUAAACGCUGAGCCUUGCUGUGUGGCGGAGAA